AUGAUGGACCCUGAUCUUGUCGAAGAGGAGGAGGAGCAUCAUGAGGUUCAACAGCAGCCAACAAUCGCCAAGCUUCCUAUUUCCGAAAGUGAUGGUACCAGCAACAGCAACAGCAGCAGCUUAUCGAAUUCUGAAACUUGGGAUAUCACACGGUUGGAUCGAUGCCUAGAAGCUCAGAAAGCAGAGGCUGUGGUGAGUCACGCAAGGGACUCUUUGUUCCAUAGUCGUGUGGCUGAAGCUGGGGAUAGCUUGGACAUUACAAAUUUUGAAACGGUGGUGCCUAGGUUUACCAACAGUGAAAUACAACUUGACAAUAGACUGGCGCGAGGGAAUUUCUCGGACAUUUAUCUCAUUCGAAACUUUAGCCCGAGUCAAUCCUUCAAGUCAUGCACCGAACAACAGUUUUACGAUACCGAAACUGUCAAGAAAACAUUUCGGCCCCAUGAGAUUGUAGUCAAGAUUUUACGAGCCAAGCUGGUGAUCAACCCUGCUCUCUUUGCGUCUGGAAUUGCUGAUCUCAUUACUGAGGCGACCUUAUUGGCAGCAUUGGAUCAUCCACAUAUUGUUGCCAUGAGGGGGAGGUCUAUUGCUUCCAUUGACGGCUUCACCAGUGGAAAACGAGAUUCAUUUUUCAUCCUUCUAGAACGGUUACACGGGACAUUGGAAGAUGGAGUUGCUAGAUGGAAGGAACGAUCGGCAGACACGGGGGUAAUGAAACGAGGGAUUAAGGGAAUGCAGACCUUUCGAUUGGGAAUGUUAUUGGAACGGAUAAUGGUCAUGUCACAACUGGCCAGUGCAAUGGCAUAUCUGCAUGACCGAAACAUAAUACAUAGGGAUUUGAAGCAAAGCAAUGUUGGAAUUGAUUCUGCGGGGAGAGUGAAGCUGUGUGACUUUGGAUUGGCCAAGGUUCUGCCAGUACCAAACCACGAUAAAGAGCAGUUCCUGCUCACUGCAAAUACUGGCUCAUUACGAUACAUGGCACCGGAAAUUGGACGUGGGGAGAAAUACAACCUGAAAGCGGAUGUGUAUUCAUUCUCAAUUUUGCUAUUUGAGAUUAUGAAUCUGAGCAUCGUCUGGCAAGGUAUGAACCCACAACAGGUACGGCAGAAGGUUCACUGUGGAUCUCUUCGCCCUACCGUCUCCAUGUUUUGGCCCAAGUCUUUGAAGCAAUUGAUGAAAUCCACAUGGUCUGAUGCACCAUCCGCUCGAUUGUCCAUGCGGCAUGUCCACAACGAAUUGGAUCGAGUGGUAGAGGAACUAUCGGUCGAACUAAGCGCUAGGAAUUUGGCGCUGAUUGAAGCCAACAAUAGCAUGUGA